AUGUCCGACCUUACAGGAAAGGAUACCAUCACCGUCGGUGGUUGGUACGUUAUCAACAUCUGGCAGGACCCUUCCAGGGUCUUGACCAAUGUCGGUAACGACAUCUACCUCCAGUCGUACGAGGAGGGCAACAAACACCAAAUCUUCUACGCUACCCACGACUCCAGCAACCGCCUCGGGUUCGUCUGCGUCGGGACCAACAAGCGCAUGGGACGCAACCGAUACGAAAACGUCAAGUGCGAGGAUCCUCCCAGUGAGCAGGGAUCCUGGCAGGCGUUUUACCUUGACGACCAAGCUGGCGGUGGUAGGAAGAUGACGAUGACCAUCUAUGACACGCUUACCCCCAUGAAGUACGCCUCUGACUCUGAAGGACAGUACCUGACCCUCUCCAAGGACGGAGACCUCAAGUUCGGAUUCACUAGGGUUGGUCCUCCCUCUUGA